AUGUUCCCGAAGGGCACUAAGCGCAAGUUCUCAGAUGCCGGGGAGGAGCCGGUCUCCAGCGGCGACCAGGGCCAGGUGGCAUCAUCUGCAGUGGCUCGGACGCUGUCGUCCUCUUACAGCCUGCAGCGGCAGUCGCUGCUUGACAUGUCGCUGAUCAAGCUGCAGCUCUGCCACAUGCUGGUAGAGCCCAACCUGUGCCGCUCAGUGCUCAUUGCUAACACGGUGCGGCAGAUCCAGGAGGAGAUGACCCAGGACGGCACCUGGCAGAUAAUGACCCAGGCCCUGGCAGCUGCCCAGUGUCCCGCCGACCGCCUGGUAGCCACCGAGGUGCUGUGCCGGCAGACGGACGCAGCUGCUCAGGCUGGGCAGAGCCCCAAACCAUUCUCAGUGGUUGGUCUGGAGGAAGGCUACCACUCUGAGGAGGUGGUGAUGGAGGGGGACGUGGAGACAGAGGUCACCAUGUCCACCUUGUCGCCCGUCUCCCCCCAGCUGUCCUCUGCCUCUUACCUGGCAGGACCCUUCGGAAUGGGGCCCUGCUGGGAGGAGGAAGAGGAAGAUGGUGAGUGCGAGGAGGAUGAAGAGGAGGACAGCGAGGAGUGCGUGUCGGAGGGAGAGGAGGGAGACCGGGACCACCUGAGCGCAGACUCCAGAACGGGGGAACAGGUUUUUGGGACCUUUGAAAUCAAGCACCCAGCGCCACCCCCUGACCCCGCGCUCGAGGAACUGUUUUCAGACGUGGACCCGUCCUACUAUGACCUCGAUACGGUGCUGACAGGCAUGCAGAGCGCCCCCAAGAUGGGGCCUUACGAUCUGCUGGAGAGCCUUUCCUCUCAUGGGCCGACGACCCUGAGCUCCAGCUCCAGCUGCAGGUCAGACCUGAACGAACUGGACCACAUCAUGGAGAUCAUUGUGGGAUCCUGAAACUCAGAACAUUCCUCUGGCCUGUACUGAUCCCACAGACUCUUUCCAGACUAUGCACAGUACACGUGCAUGUUCUGUAUUGUUACACAUGGAAAUUGUUGUAGGUUUUGGGACAAUUUGGGAAAUUAACGGCAAGCCAAGUAGAUUUCGGGAUUGGCCGUUAGAGACGUAGUUAGUCUCUUCUAACCAGCCACUAAGGCAAGUCGGCAGCUGCGGUUGGGGACCCUCAUCUUUUAUUCAAAAAAAAUGCAAUUGGCAGUUAAAGUAGUGAGGGUGAAAUAAAUUUGGGGAUUCACAAGCCAUCCUGGCCUAUGGGCAAAGCAGUUAGUUUCCUACUUUGUGGAUGAAAUCCAAAACUGAACAAUAUCUGUGAGAAGGCAAAGAUAAUUACCUAUACCAUGAUGCAUUCUUAUUUACGUACUUUCCAUGUUUACGUCUGUCAUUCAUUCUGUCGUACUAGCUCCUUCUGGUCGUACUCUCUGCCAUCUUGUCCAUUUCUAUUUAUUGUUACAUGGACUGAGGAACAAUUCAUCACACUACAUGCAUCAGAAACCAGAACAAAUUGUAAAUCCAAAUCUAUGAAUCAAUGCAUAUUUUCCUAAAGAUUUGAGCAAUUAUGAAUGGAAUAUAUGUAUAUGUACGUAUGUGUAUAUAGAAAUAUAUUUUUUGCAUUAUACAGCUGGGGGAUUUUGCAAGUAUCAUUUGAUAUUAUUAUUAUUUUUUUCCCUCCCAGGCGAUUUUUAAAAUUUUAAUGUAGCCAGACUCGAGACAGUGUCUUCCCAUGGUUUGGUAUAACAAGUCGACUGUAAACAGGUGUCAGGACUGGCAUCGUCACACUUUAUAGGCGCUGUUCCUUCAUUUUCUCUAAAGCUUUACGCAGGGCAGGGAAAUGACUUCCAGCCACCAACCAAACGCUGGUUGAAAUUUGUCUGUUUCUGGUAAGUUUACAGGAGCCAGUGGACAAAUUUAAAUUUUCCCGCCCUCCUCCUUCACAGCUCUGAUAACAAUAAUAAUAGCAGCUUUUUCCUGAAGCAUUUGGAGAAACCCCGGGGUGAUAACUGCAUCAAGAAGCCAUAUUUCUUUCUCUCAUUUGUUAGAACUACAAAUGAAGAAUUCUCUGUGUUAACCCAUCUAAUUUAUUGUUGUUUUAUUUAUUGUAUUUAUUAUAUCUAGGUACAGACAUGCCAUAUUGACUUCAUUGGCCCGAUGAAAUUAUAUUUAUCCAAAUUUUGCCCUCUGUUUGAAUGCAGUACCUAUUUAUUCCUCACAUUUUUUUUUAAUUAUUAUUAGUAAUAAUAAUAACAACCGGGUUACUAUUCAAAUCACUAUGCAGCUCUGUCAUACGUGUUUCAAAAUGAUUGUAUACGACUCAAAUGUCCUUUAAUUCCUUUAUGCAAACAGUUGCCUUUCUCCUAAAGAUGUGGAAAAUCAAAUGCAUUUUCAAAAUUGUUCCUUAUCAUGGUGAUGAAGAGAUUAACUCAGGCAAACAAAAUGUAUUGACUAAAAUACAGUAUUACGACACGCUUAAUACCUUACCGCAACACUCCUGAAGGAUGUCACUCUGGUUUGAAUGGGAGCUAGAACUUCAAAGACUAAUUACCGUUGUAAAAUGUAUGCAUUUUUUUAUAUUAAGGAAAAAAAACAUUGUAGCAUCUUUGUAAAUAUUUUUUAUAAUAAAAGGUGCAACUAUU